AUGGAAACAAUUUCCAAUCCAUUUAAUGCAACCCUAUCAAAGAGGCAGCAGUGUAGGAGAAGAGGAUACAACCGCUUAACAAACAGGAAAAAUAAUGUGAAAACCAUUCGGUUUGGUGGCGGCGCCACCCGUUCAUGGAGGUUCAGAUUAACCCCAAAACUUGGCCUGAAAAUCGCUUCGCCAUUGAAAUUAUGGUUCAAGCUGAAGAACGCUUACAUGAACAUGAUGCUAAAGUUGGCUACAAGCACAGGAACCUCAAAAAGUGGAAAUAUGUUUGGUGCAAAGAGAGUCCCAAAGGUACGCCAGGCUCCCACGGAUUAUUCAAGAACUGAGUUCGACAACAGAUUAAUCCAUGAGAUAUACAAGUCCAUGGUGGCUUCACUGGAAUUGUCUUCUACCAGAUAG